UGAAGAACUUAAAACAGUAGUAGUUUGAAAAGAGAAGUCACUUUUUACACCCAGAGAGAAGAGAAAAUGAAGACGCUGCAUUCCACGGUUUUAAUGUUAAUAAUACUAUCGGUGAUAAAAGAGGCACUCAAUGAUCCCUUCAUAUCAAAAGUGUCAAAGGGAGCGUCUGCUACCCUGUACUGUAAUCCAUCACUUCCUGCAGGAUCACAGGCCCAGUGGACAAGGAGAGCGGUCAGUGGGGAUAAACGUGUGAUUGUGACCAGACAGGAGGAUGGAAGAGUUGUUAAAGAAAUAAAAGAUCUACAGAAUCGGUUUCAAAUAGAUGACCGCUUUAACAUUCAUAUGGAGAGAGUUCAGCCAGAAGACCUUGGAACCUAUGAGUGUGGAGGACGUGAAACAAGUUUAAUAGUACUGCAUGAUCCCUCCAGUCACACAGUGUCAGAGGGAGAGUCAGUAACCCUGUACUGUGGUGACUCGGCAGAUCUAGCAGGGGCAGGGAGUGUCAGGUGGAAGCAGGUUAAUGGAGGCAAUGGUCAUUCUAUUCUGUACAAAGAUCCAGCAGGAAAAACUGUAACACAAGUAAAUGAUCCAGACCAUCGAUAUCAUCUUAAACUAGACUCAUCCCUUUACAUAAGGAAAGUAAAAUCAGCAGACGCUGGGAGAUAUGAAUGUAAUGGGAUCCAUGUGGCUGAUUUAAAGGUGCUGACUGCUACUUCAACAACAACUACAGCAAAAACAAUAAAACUAACAGAAACUACACCGAAUAGUGAAUCAACCACAACUACUUCAACAACAACAACACUGAAUAGUGAAUCAACCACAAAUAGCAGUGCUGCUACCCCAUUCCUGCUGGCUGUGGGAGUGCUGGUGUUUGACAAAAUCGCUUUGGGUCUGUUCAUCCUCUGGGUGUUCACCAGGGCAGCAAUGAGGCAUGUUCCUCAAGAUGAUGAUUCUUCAAGCUAAUAAUGGCAUAUUUUUGUUCUCUAUUAUCUUGUUUUCUUUUGCAUUAUUUUCACUGUGUGAUCCUUGUUUUUGUCUUGGAGGUGAAGGGAUUAUCGCUCCUCAUUAGGUAGGGAAAUUCAUUGUUCAGUUAGUGCCUUUCACGGCAAGGGUUUUGUUUGUUUUAUAUUCUGUGUGGAAGAUCGUAUUUUGUUGCUUUUUGGUAAAAUAAACAUGCACAAUAGCGCUUUCCUCUAAACAUCU